AGUUUUGUAUUCGCGGUUGGCCCUCAGGUUACAGAGGGCCUACCGCGAACCACGUUCAACGUGUUGCCUCUCUGUUGCACUUGUAAAUUCGUACGUAAGCCUGACAGGGAGGCAACAUGUCGAACGUGGCUCGCGGUAGGCUCUCAGUUGUCAGAUUGUUUUUUUUACAAAAGUUUGAUGGUGUGGUCCCAAUUUUAAAUUCGUAAUAAUAUUUUCGUCCAUGCUGUUCAUUGCUAAAGCAAAAUCUCAGACAUCACUAUUCAUUCGCUCUUUUCAUUCGUUCAGUUUUACGUCAAAUUCAUGUCUCAUUUUGUUGUUUGUGUUGAUAUCUACAAAACGCGCGCUCGUACUUGAUAUUUCUUAGCAAAAGCUUUAAUUCCUAUUUAAAACUUUUCAUAUCCGAUACGUACAUGCUUUCAAAAUGCCUAAAGCAAUGCGUGAAAUUUUUCAAAAUGGGAAUUCUUACGACGAAACGGACCGAAUGCCCGAUAACAUUACUAUAACCAAUCUCGAUAUUAUUAUGUACGUUGUGGCGAUUGUUGGCCACUUCGUAGACUUGGGAGUAGAUAUCAAUGUGGCAAUACAGUAUUCCUUGGCCGGCCACAUGAUGGAAUUCGGAUGGACGCUUGCUUUCAUACUUUUACCAGCGUUCAUAAAUACCGCAGUAUCAAUACGCAUGUAUGCGCAAGACAAGCAACAAGACUCCAUCAGCAACGAGGUUACAAAGCGUCAUUGGCUGCGGAUCUUCAUUUUGGUGUUACAGAUGGCGCCCAUACUAAGAUUCAUUGAUGCUUUAGUCUACGCCAUAAAGUCCCGCAAAGCCGAGAGGAAACGCGACCACGCCUCCCAGCGUCACUACUACAAGCUGAUGUUAAAAGAGGAUGCCGAUGCAGCCCUACUUAGGAUCUUCGAGUGCUUUCUAGAAGCUGCACCGCAGCAGGUGCUGCAGACAAGUUUGCUGUUCGCUAUGGCCAACCAGUUCAGAGUACACCAAAUCCUGUCAAUCUGCUCAUCCAUCAUCGGCAUGGGCUGGUGCCUGGCCGCGUACCAGCGCGCCGUGCGCUUCGCCCAGCAAGACAAGGAGAACAUGAGCUGGACGGGCUCCGUACUGCAGACGCUCUGGCAUUUCCUCGUUACACUGAGCAGAGUCAUGUCGAUAUCAAUGAUCGCGUACCUCUUCCCCUACUGGACGAUCCUCGCCUGCGCCAUCCACAUCCUAAUCAUGGCCACGUGGCUGCAACUCUUCGACCGGUCGCCAUUUUGCUCACACAACAAAAUGGCCGAACUGUCAUUUUCACUAGCUUUAGGCGCUGUGUAUCUUUUCACUUACAUUCUACCGAUCGAAGGUAAGACAAGAUAUAGAUAUGCUGUUUAUUAUACUGUAUGUUUUUUACAAAAUAUUGUGUGUGGUAUACUUUGGUUUUUAUACGCGUCUGAUAGUAUGAGAGAUUCGGUGAUAUUUGUACCUGCGUUAAUUCUUACCGUAGUGCCAUAUGUAGUAGGUUUAAUUUUGAUGAUGGUGUAUUAUUCUUUCUUCCAUCCUAAAUUAAGAAGGGAGAGUAAAGACAUUAAUGUGACUUUUAAAGUUCAUGAAGAGUUGUCUGAAAUUAGUUAGCAUCUAAUAUUUUAAAGUAAUAAUUAAUUCAGUACAAAUAUUACCAAACCAUUUUCAAAUGAAAGAGUUGAAAUCAUCAGGUGACAACCAAAACUUACUGCUUAAUUGCAAAAAAAAAUAAGCGACCGAAGUGUUGGCGAAUGUUCUCCUCUACAGGUCACAAUUCUUAACCGAAUCUCGUGAAAUUUUGUGUCCAGAUUCUAUGAUUAAAUAGUUUUUUGGCCGAUCCAGUUAUGGGAUUUUUGAGAUGCACUUUUUGUGAUGGGGGAAACAUGUUAAACUCGCGACAGGUCACGUGACAGACAGAUUCGAGAGAUUGUAAAUUCGUAAGACGGACACGUGUAGACCGCCGGCGCGACUUGAAUAUUAACGUUGUGCAUUUUUAAUGUUAAAUAAUUAUAAUAGUUCUGAAGUGUUAAAUUUUUAAUGUAAUAUAAAUUGUCAUGUUUGUAUACGAUAGCGCAAUAAAUGAAUAUUGUAUUUUACCACAUAAAUGAUAGUACUUUUAUACUGAUAAUCCAAAAUAUCAAAAAUGCACAACGUUAAUAUUCAAGUUUUCACUUCUGCCGGCACUCCAGGAGUGCAACCCGUUGUUUUUUUUAAUGCUGAAUAUGGCAUAAAGGACUUAAGCGCCAAUAGCGUCUAUGGCACUUAACACCAUCAAUCAUAAGUUCACUGUGAUAACGAAUCAACGAACUAAGUAUUUUUCACUUUUACAUUUUCUAAGUUUAACGCGAGGUCUACAGCUCACAGAGCAACUAGUUAAACUAAAAUUAACCUUACUAUGGUAUUGAUACGGUUCAUUAUGGAUCUCUUGAAUUUUGGUUCUUACCUGAAUGCGCAAUGGUAUUGUUAAGCUUUCAUUAGUUGAUUCAACUGUAGUUUUUAUUUUCUCAUUGUAUUACGUUUACUAGUUUUGUCUUUCUCAUAUUUAUGGGCUCGAUAGAAAGAGACGAAUGCCUAUGUUGUCGAUAAACAAUACUUUUUGAGCAUUUUUUAUACUGUUAUAUCUGUCGGGGCUUAUGAAGAAACGGGUUUUAAAUAUGAACAAUUUUAUGUAUGUAUACAGUGUGUAAAUCCAAUACGGGCAAUACAUUAAACCAGAUAUAUAAUUUAUCCGUGUAAUCACUAAUAGUUUUUUUUAAGUUACACUUAAUUAUGACCCCGUAAUUCUUUUUUGAAAAUUUACCGAGCAGCCAUGUACUGCAAACAUUAAGACACAUGACAUGACUUACGAGAUACGAGCUUUUUAAAAGAUUGUAACUUGUGUGUUUCUUUACAUUGCGUGCGGAAUUAUUUUGUAUGGUAAAUAUUCUUACUGUAUUUCUAAGCAUAAUUUAUCUCAUUACACUUCUUAGGUAUGCUAGCGAUGUAUAUGUAGUGUAGGGACGCCCGGCCGGAAGCAGGCGGGCUGUCGAUCACUUGUCGCGGUCAUUCAGCCCAAUUCCCUGGAGUUUGAGCUGCAGGUUACUGUCCCGGCGGCAUUCCCACACUAUUCUCCUCAAAUCUUCUCGUUUUCCUGCAGAACAGAAGGACAUCUGGUCCUAUGCUGGAUACCGUUUAAAUAUUCUGCCCGUAUUGAAUUUACACACUGUAUAUUGAAACAAUAUGUAUAUCUAUGAUGUUUAAUUUCACAAUAUUAUUUCUCCAACUAGGGAACUAGUCGAAUUAUUUUAUGAAAUACAAUUUGUCAGUUUUUUCGGUGUAUGAUAUCUAUUUCAGUUUAUAGCAAUAUUUCUAUUAGAAGUAUUAAAACAAAUUAAAUUAUUUUUCAGAAAUGUUUUAAUUUGUUUUUAUUUCAAGUAGAUACACUACUAUAUGAAUUGUACACUGAAAUAAAUGUCAUAUACUAAGAAAAAGUGACCAAGCCAUCCAGUGCUCCAGGUUGGAAUCAAACCAGCGUCCUCUGCUAUCGCGGCAGGUCCCUAUAAUUUAUAUGUAUAGUAGUGUUUCUAUUUGUAUGAGGUCUACAUGAUAUUUUUUCUUAUGAGCUCGUCUCGAAGUAAUAUUUAAGUUUCAAAUCGUUCUAUAUCAUAUCAUGUACUUAAUGUGUUCUUAUGUAGGUGCAACUAUGUUAAAUAUCUUUGUACACAUCAUAAUUAGGUAAGUAGGUACUUUAAAUUUGUGAUCGUAGGAAGGUAUUUAAGGGUCAUCCAUUAAUUACAUCACACGAAUUUUUGACCCCUUCUCCUUGUCAUACCUAGUAAUAUUUGGCAACACCCUUCCCCUGGUGUGACGUCAAAGAUUUGGAAAUCUUGUUAUUAUCAAAAUAAGCAAUUCGAAUGAAGUAUUAUUAUUUUAAUAUAUAUUUUUUAAUAAUAGCAAUCUAGAAAUUUUAUGACACAAAACUGAUUAGGAAUUAAAAUUUCACGUAUAAAAACUAUAUAUCGUUGCAAAAACUAGUUAUUUAACUGUACUUGGAAAACAGAAAGUCAAAACAUUUUUUGUCUACAAGUGAAGUUAAGUGACGUCACAAAGCUGCUUACUCCUCCCUCCCUCUCCCUAAACAUGUGACGGAAUUAAUGGAUGACCCCUUAUACCUACAUUGGAUUUACUACCUUCAUACAAAUACAAUAAAGUCAAUAUUUAAAACAAGACGUUCUUUGUUACGAUCUUGCAAUAUAAACUUUAUGUUUGUCACAAUAAGGUCAUAAAUAAUAAAUGUUUAGCAAAAUGUUUCACGUGUGCAUUGUAACCAAUUUGUGUAUGUCUGAAUGGUGUAUUCUUAUUUGUCCCCACCGGGCACAUAUUGGAUUAGGUGCAUCAUGCAUGGCGGCGGUCACGUGGGGGACAAAUGGGAAUCGUCUGAAUGCUAAAAAUAUUUGUUUAAAUGUUUUUAGGUCAUACACCUCCAAUUUGUCUUUCCUGUUUGCUAUAAAUACGGACAUUAAUUAAUUAAUAUGGUUUUCCUGUUAACUAUAAAGUACCUGGGCGACCGAGCGUUGCUCGGUUAUUACUAUUUAUUGUAAUAUGGUGGUGUAUAGGUGAUAAUCUUAACUACAUUUUUUUACUAAAUUAAACUUGUCUAAAACAAUAAAAAUUAAAAAAAUAUAUAUAUAAACUUGAACAUUUAUAUAAAAAAACAAAAGUUAGUCACCGGGCGAGAUUCGAACCCGUAUCACUCGUUUCUAGCAAACCGCGUCUUAACCCGCUGGGCCAGACGGACAGUGGCCGGCAACACGAAAUUAACGACCAUAUUCUGUGUCGAUAGAAAAACGCAUGAAAACUCGAAAACACGCGUUUUCCCAAACAUAAGACUAAUUUGAAUCGAUUGUAUACCCCCAGAAACCCCCAUAUACCAAAUUUCAGCGAAAUCGUUAGAGCCGUUUUCGAGAUCACAGAAAUAUAUUUAUAUAUAUAUAUAUAUACAAGAAUUGCUCGUUUAAAGGUAUAAGAUAUUUUAAUUGUUUAUUUAUAAAUUGAAUAAUGUACCAUACUUUUUGAACAAAAGAACACAUUUGAUGGGCAUCAAUAGUUCGUGUCAUGCAAGAUGACGCGCAGAUUUGUCAAAUCUAAUCUUUAAUACAUGACAAUCCGAGUUAAGGCAACGUCUUCGUGAAUGGCACGAUCGCUAACAACUUUACACGAUACUUUGAAUAUAAAUGGGCGGAUCAACUAUUGUGUAUCGUCAGCCAGGGGACAAAAGUAGCGUGGUUUCAUAUAAUAAUAAUAAAUAAAUAAAUAUUAUAGGACAUUAUUACACAAAUUGACUAAGUCCCACAGUAAGCUCAAUAAGGCUUGUGUUGAGGGUACUUAGACAACGAUAUAUAUAAUAUAUAAAUAUUUAUAAAUACUUAAAUACAUAGAAAACACCCAUGACUCAGGAACAAAUAUCCAUGCUCAUCACACGAAUAAAUUGCCCUUACCAGGAUUUGAACCCGGGACCAUCAGCUUCAUAGGCAGGGUCACUACCCACUAGGCCAAACCGGUCGUC